AACGUCUUUUGGCGGUUAUUAACUUGGACUAAUUGAUUGCAAUUUGUAGAUCAAAACGGUUUCAACAAGGUUAUUAGUAAAAUCAUUAACUCACAGUUAAAACACGAAGGCUAUUCUUACAACUACAACGUAAAGCUGACGAUAAUUGUUAAUUUCGUUACGGUGCCCUAACGUGUCUUCCAUCUUAGUUGGAGACACCUACUCGAGAAUAAAUCGUGCAGUAUUGUCAAACGCACUUAAUUGUAAAUGAAGUAGCUCUUGUAUUCCGAUGCAGAACGUCUUAAGAUAUACUACAAACCAGGAUAGGAGUUUCCUGACUGCAGCGCUUGAAGACGGCUUUUGUGUUUACCAGCUAUCACCGUUGAGUCUACAAGCGCGACGAAGAUUUGACGAUGGCGGCGUGAGAAUCGCUCAAAUGAUUUAUCGGAGCAACAUUAUACUUUUAGUAGGAGGCGGAAAGAAUCCGAAAUUCGCUUCAAAUAAGGUCAUUUUUUGGGAUGAAAAAAAACAGGCACCCGUUGGUGAAAUUGAGUUUAAAUCAGAAGUGCUGAACAUUCAAUGUGAUAAACAAUUUCUUCUUGUCAUGUUGAAGAAUAAGGCGGUACUGUACUCCAUAACGAAUGGUCCAGUAUUGUUAAAAGAAAUACAGACUAGCAGUGAACGGGGCACAUGCUCGAUGGUGUCACUCGGUCAAAAUGCCAUAAUGUGUAUUCCUGCUCGGAAUGUUGGUCAUAUUCAGCUCAUGUUUUUUAAAGCAAAGCAGUUUAAAUCCAGCAUAAUACUUGCACAUGAGGCCGCCAUCUCUAGUUUAUCAUUUUCUCGAACUGGAAAGUUACUUGCAUCAUGUUCUGAACACGGAACUCUCAUCCGUGUAUGGAAUACAGAGACUGGAGAGAAGAUUACUGAACUGCGACGUGGUUUUCAAAAAGCAAAAAUUAAAUUGCUUCGCUUUUCACCUGAUGAGACUUUGUUUGCUGCUUCAAGCGAACGUUCUACACUGCAUGUUUACAGUUUACAAGGAAAUCCAAUAAAGCUUCUUAAAUCAUCGCUGAAAGUUGAUGAUGAAGAUCGUUUAACAGGAUCUGGGUCAACCGAUUCUUUUGAAAAUCAAAUGAUAGACUCAGAAGAUGCUGUGCAACAAACACACUGGAAACGGCGCAUCGGUGAAAUGAUAGAUGCCGGAAAACGUCCACACUGGACCAUUAAACUUGCGUCCAGUGAUCCAUCUGCAAUGGAAUGGCUAUCAGACACAAGUCUGUUCGUUGCAUAUCUCAAUGGGGACUAUCAAACGUUUACUUUGACUGUCGAGGAACAUGUACAUAAGGGCAAAUCAAGUUUUCAGCCAACUCUCUCAGUCCAUUAUCGGGCUGUUAAUAAUAAGUUUGGAAACAUUCUUUCUGAUGAUGAGUGAUUUUUGAUACGUUUCAUGAGUUUUCUUUUCGCCGUUUCUCUUCAAGCGGUUUUUGCACAUUGUCAAAACUGCCUCAAACUCAAAACCCUUCCAUUCUUUUCGUUCAUAUUAAUUGGUUCAUGAAUCUAUCACGUUCGUAAAUUCCGCAACACGCCGCUUUCCGUUCAACUUUCUCUUUCUAGUAGUAUCUAAUAUAAGCAAUCUUUCUGAGUAGUACACGAUAUACAACACAUCACUGAGAAGCUCGCACCGAAUAGCAUUUCAUAAAUCGCUCGUUUUUAGUUAGUUCCUUC